AUGAACACGCAGAAACAAAAGAUGGGCUCCAACACCCAUUCCGCUGUGCUUGGCCGUGGAGGCCAGGGCACUUCCAGGACCCGGCUUAGCUCGAUAAUACUGGCAUCCUUCUUCACAUCCGUAUUCUGGUGGCUCUUCUUUCUUUUCCCAAGCGACAUCAUCUCGUUGACCCGGAAGAACACCAAGACACUUUCAUGCGGAAACUCGACCGCCGAUGCAAAGGCACGCGGCUGCCAGUUCGACGUCCUAUCCUUCCUGUGGGUGCCCGAGCCGUGCUUCGACGCCGAGACGGCCGCAGCGUACCAGAGAGCGGUGAAUUGGCAUGGAUACAACGACGCAGAAGGCGAGGAGAUGCUGGAUCUGGCGGCCAUGGCGGAGAGAGUCGAGCCGGGCAAGUACUACACAACCGCCAAGGAGCACGCGGUACAUUGCGCAUACGUCUGGCAGAAGCAACAUAAGGGGUACCUGAAGGGCGGUCUGUACUUGGACGACAACAGCGCGAGCUUUCACCACACAAGACAUUGCUCAGAAGUGCUCAUGUACACGGCGGAGCUGGAGCCGGAGAAGCUAGCGAGCUUCACUACGGAGACGACGGUGGGAUUCUCUUCGUGUCUAGUUGAGAUUCGAUGA